AUGUAUGGAGUUGGAAAUGUCAUCGAAUACAUCUUUUUCGUUGGAACUAUCGUUUGCGUCGUCCUCAUGAUCGUAAUCAAAAUAAUGAUUCUAAAUUGCUUUCCUCCUCAGCGACCUUCUGGCCAUCGAAACCACCAACAUGGCUUCUUGUCAACUACUACCCUCCAACAAUUCCAAGAGUCCGUCGGAACUGUCCCCCAACACUCCAUCGAUACCGUUGAACUAGGUCUUGAUGAAGCCACCCUACGCAACUACCCAAAGCUCAUCUAUGCCCAAGCCGAGCUCCACAAGGGCAACUCUACCUCAUCCUGUUGUUCAAUAUGCUUGGCUGAUUACAAUGACACGGAUGUGUUGCGCUUGUUACCUGAUUGUGGUCAUCUCUUUCAUCUUAAAUGUGUGGAUUCCUGGUUACGCAUGCAUACUACAUGUCCGGUGUGUCGAAACUCGCCUCUUGCUAAGGUGGCGAAUUCAUUUGGAGCGACAUCCUUGACUUGA